GCCACUUUCUUCUCGACAUCACUCGAGUAUUUUGUGCAUGUCAUUGCUUGCGAAUUAUUUCGCGCAGAUUCUUCUUCUCAAUUCUUGUUUCUACCUCCAUCUUGAAGACUCUAUCUGAAACUCGCUUCUGAGGCUGUGCGAAGUAUUCCAACAUGCUGGGCCAUUGAAACUUUAUGGCUCCGAACCGUUGGUCCCUGAACCUGAACCUGAACCGGAACCACGUUUGCAACUCCAUCCUCCAUACUUCAUCCCAAUUUUGGAGAUAACGAAGUCUUUGGAAGUGUUUGACUCUCUCCGAUACAGUCCCUAUUGUUUUGGCCAUGCCGCCCCAUCCUGGCACUCGCAGGUGAUCAGUUGACAGGUGGAGUGGAGAACCCCUGCGCGGCGCCUCCCUAUUGGCCCAUGAUUAGCUACUGCGGCGGUCUACAUCCGCUAGUCACUAGCGCCCUUUUACAGUGGGCCUACAAAUUUUUUUCUUUCCUCGGCCAUGACGAUAUUGCGGGCUUGGUCGGGAGAUGGUUGUGCGACCGGGACAAGAUGUGCAGUUGUACUGUACGGAGUACUCUGAGCAGUCUAUGCUCCAGCUGGAUCCGCCAAAGAAAUACUUCUUGACCAGAGAGCCACAGGGAAGCAUGACCUGUCCUGUCGCACACGAUCCCCGGUCCUUUGACUCUGAGAAAGUCCCCAGGGGUCCCGCAGGAGCUACUAGCUGCUUUUAAAGGCGUGCUGUGCUUUUUGGCAACCCACCUCCUCAUAAUCAGAGCGAAGAAGGGAACAAAAGCCUAAGCGCGAGGAUCGGCCAUGCAUUGCAAGUAGAUCCAUUGACCAUUGGACGCCCGGGGAACUCCUGCACUUGACUAAACUUCGUCAUUUCACUCAAUUCAAGGACCUGAACGGUCAAAGAACCAGAACUAACGGAACCUCGGCGGUAGGCAGCUUCACCGCAUGUUGGACAUCCGUUCGGUGGGCCCAACUGCCCAGCGGCCAUUGGGCAUCUGAAAGGUUUCUCUCGCUCACACCUAACCACUGGUGGCCCAACGGGAGGAGGACUAAAAAGACUAAUAGAGCUAACAAGACUAAAUAAAUGGCCAUUGGAAGCUAGCACGAGCUGGUCACUGUGACAACUGGCCCCACCAAUCAUUCGGUUUCUCUGUUUUUUUCUCCUUGUCAAUCAUAUGCUGGCUGCUGUUGUACAAAAAUACUCGUGUGAGGAGUACAAAGAACGGAGUGGCAGAUGGACGAAGAAUUGGACAAACGUACAGAGUACUCCCCCUGUGAUGGCUAUGGGGUUGGGCAUAUGAGGUUGUUAUCUAGUUCCUUUCUUUUUUGCUUUGUAGAUAUUUUUUUUCACCUUUUGUAGCUCCUAGUCCUAUCAGUAACUCUAUUUGGGUAAGACACUCCGCAUGGCUCGGGUGUCCGUGGUAGUCAUAGCCAUAGUUCCGUACGAGCGGAUGUCAUUGUUAUUGUUUCCAUGUGGCCCUAGCUUCUGCCUUUUUUUUUCUUCCCCUCUUCCCUCUACCUCUCUUCUUCAUCUUCUCUCAUCAUACCCUGCUAAUCUUACUACUCUAACUCCCUCGAAAACCUCUCUAUCUCACUUUUUCUCUCCAAAAACUCAUCUUUCACUCGCCUGCUCUGAGAGCGACAAUCUGUACAGCUCGUCCUCUACCUGCGUCUACUUUGCUGGUCAAAUUGCGAAUCUGUUUUAUCCGUUGUUCUUUGAUUCCCCUCACUAAUUUCACGACCGUUACGAUUUAACGACCUACAACCAUGGCGACUGCGGCGACUCAGAGUGUGUCGGAGGAGCAUCUGCCCAAGGACCCUAUCUCGGUGGAGCCCGUCCUCGCGGCCACCCCAAUCGCCAUCGACGAGAAGUCCGCAACCAAUGGCGAGUCCACUACUGCCGAACCGGAAGUCCCUCUGACUGCGGCACAAAAAAAGAAGGCCAAGAAGAACAAGAAGAAGCAGCAGAAGAAGCAGGAGAGCAUCAGCUCUGUUUCUGCUGAUGUCUCUGAGAAGGAGACGACCCCCGCCGAAACUCCUUCAGCCGCAGAGGAUGCUCCCGUGCCGGUGGCUACCGAAGAAUCUACACCUGAACCUGUCGCAGAGGAGCCCAAGGCCGCUGAGCCUGUUGAGGAGCCUGUCACCCACAAGGAGCCCGAGACUACUGCCGAAGAGAACGUGGAGACCGCCCCGGAGACUAUCGAGACCGCCACGGAGGAGCCCACCACCGAAGAGUCAAAGGUGGAAGAAGUGAUCCCCGAAGUCACCAAGGAGAUUCCCACUGAAGAAACCGUUGAGGAGCCAGCUAAGGAAGCUCCCGUCGAAGACCUCUCAACCGAGGCUUCCACCGCCGAAUCCAAGGAGGAAGCCGUUGUCGAGGAAUCUGCCAAGGCAGAGCCUGUUGAGGCGCCUAAGGAGGUCUCUGAGGAGAAGCCUGCAGCAGAGGAAUCCGCUGAGGUUUCUACCACCGAAGAGAAGGUUGAGGAGUCUACCUCCAAGGAGGCUGCCCCUGAGGAAGCUCCCGUCGCCGAGGAGAAGGUUGAAGAGCCUACUCCUACCCAGACUGUUGAGCAAUCUAUUACCGAGGAGGCCUCCGCUGCCGAGGAGAAGGUUGCAGAACCCGCCACUGUCGAGGUGCCCGUUGCCGAGCAGCCUGCUGCUGAAGAGACUGCCCCCGAGGUGGUUUCUGAGACCGCUGAGGAGUCGACCGACGCCCCCGCGACUGAGGAAAAGGUUGAAGAGCCUUCUACCAGCGUCGAGGAGCCUGCCGCUCAGGAGACUAUUACUGAGGAGGCUCCCGAGCCCGUCCAAGAGUCGACCGAAGCUCUCGCCGUUGAGGAGAAGGUUGAAGAGCCCACCCCUGCAGAGAGUGCCGUCGUUGAGGAGCCUACCACCAAGGAGACUAUUUCCGAGGAAGCUCCUGCUGCUGAGGAGAAGGCCGAAGAACCUAUCACCGCCGAGACCACCGUGGUUGAGCAACCUACUGCCGAAGAGACUGUCGCCGAGGUAGUUCCUGAGGCUGCUCAAGAGUCGAUCGAAGCUCCAGUCGCUGAGGAGAAGGCUGAAGAGCCCACCCCCGUCGAGACUACCGUUGUCGAACAGCCUGUUGCCGAAGGUACCGCCAUUGAGGCCGCUGAGGAGGUAACUCAAGCUCCCGCUGCCGAGGAGACGGUCGAAGCAGCAAAGGUUGAGGAGCCUGCUCCUGUUGACGCCACCGUUGUUGAGCAGUUUGCUGCCGAGAAGACUUCCCCGGAGGCUUCUGAAGUUGUCAAGGAGUCCACUGAAACUCCUGUCACCGAGGAGAAGGUGGAAGAUCACGCCCCAGCUGAGGCCGUUGUCAUGGAGCAACCCACUGCCGAGGAGAUUGCCUCUAAGGAAGUCCCAGUUACUGAGGAGAAGGUCGAAGAACCGGCCACCGUCGAGGAACCCGUUGCUGAACAGCCUGCUAUCGAAGAGACUGCCCCAGAGGAAGCCUCGGAGCCCGCUCGGGAGACCAUUGAAGCCCCUACUGCGGAGGAGGAUGUUGAAGAGCCUACCGCCGUCGAGGCUGUCAUUGUCGAAGAACCCACUACCGAAGAGACCGCCACGGAGGCUGUGAAGGAGUCGACUGAAACUCCUGUUGCCCAGGAGACGGUGGAAGAGCCUACAACUACCGAGCCUGCUACUCAGGAGCCUGUUUCUGAGGAGAAGGUUGAAGAACCCGCCACCGUCGAGGUACCCGUUGCCGAGCAGCCUGUUACUCAAGAGCCUGCUGUUGAGGAACUUGCACCUGCGGAAACCGCUGAGGAAAAGGUCACUGAAGCCACCCAGGAGACAACUGAAACUCCGGUCGCGGAGCAGACAGCUGAGGCGGAGAAGGUGGAGGAUUCUACUCCCAUCGAAACGACUGCCGCUGAGGAGCCCGCAGUCCAGGAACCAGUCGCCGAGGUCGCCCCCGAAGCCGCUAAGGAAUCAAUUGAAAUUUCUACUGCUGAUGAGAAGGCUGAGGAGGCUCCCGUCGCCGAGACAGCUGCUGUUGAGCAACCCGUGGUUGAAGAACCCGUCAUCGAGCAGCCAGCCCCUGUCGAGGAGACCAAAGAAGAAUCCAAGGUCGAAGAGCCGGUUGUUGUGCCCUCAGCUACUGAGGCUGCCACUACUGAAGAGUCUGCUACUAAGACCGAGGAAACUCCUGCUCCCGUAGCCGAGACUAUCGAGCCCUCGACUACUGAAGAGGCCCCGGUUGAUGAGCUUGCCGAGACCGCUAUUUCGGAGGAGGCUACCGACGCAUCUAAGGCCGAGGACACACCCGUCGAGGUAGCUAAGGUUGAGGAGCCCGUCCAGGAAGAGUCUAAGGUCGAACAAGAGGCUGAAGAAUCCGCUAAGGAUAUCGCCGUCGACGACGCUACUGAGAAGCCUGCCGAGGAGGUCGCCCCCGCUGCUGCUGUCGAUCCCGUUGUUGAAGCCGCCACUGUCGUCGAGACUCCCACUGAAGAGCCUGCUCAGGACAUUGUCGUCGAAGCUCCUGUCGAGACUUCCACCGAGACUGCUGAGAAGGUGGUCGAGGAGCCGGUGGUGGAGACCGUCCCUGAGCCUGCUGAUGAGAAGGCGGCCGAAGCUGAGACUGCUGCUGCCGAACCCGUUGCUGCUGAAGAGACCUCUGUUCAGGAGCCCGAGGCCCCGGCUGUCGAGGAGCAGAAGGUUGAGGAACCUGUCGCUGAGGCUGAACUUGUCGAGACUCCUGUUGUCGAGACUCCCGCCGUCACUGAGGCUCCUGCUGCUACCGAGUCUGAUGUCGUGGAUUCCACGUCCGCCGAGGAGGCUAGCAAGGCUACCGAGGAGCCUAUCGCCGAGUCUGAGACUGCCGAAGCGGCUAAGGAAGCUGUCCCUGCUCCUGCUGAGCCUGCCGUCGAGGAGCCUGCUGUCAAGGAGCCCGCUGUCGAGGAGCCUGCCGCCGCGCCCGUCGAAGAAAAGGUUGCGGAGUCCACCACCGAGGAACCUGUCGUCGAGCCUAUCCAAGAAAAGGAAGUCGAGGCGGCAGCCGUUGCUCCUACUGUCGAAGAUCCUAUCACUGGACAGGCCGCCGCCGUUGUUGAGGACGCGACUUCUACACCCGCUGCUGCCGAGGAAACCGUUCCUGUUGUAGCUACCGAGGAGCCCGCUGCGGUUGCGGAGGAGUCGGUUGCCGUCGAGGAGCCUACUAUUGAGGAAGUUCCUGCUGCUGCUGCUGCUGCUGCUACUAAGGAAUCUGUCCCCGUUGUAGCUACCGAGGAGCCCGUUGCUGCUGCGGAGGAGUCGAUUACCGCCGAGGAGCCCACUAUUGAGGAGGCUCCUGCUGCUGAAUCCAACACCAGGCCUGCUCCUACCGAUGCCCCCGUGGCGGAGGAUGUCACUACUCGUGAACUGGCAGAGCCGGUGGCAGAGUCUGAGUCCCCUGUCGUAACUGAGGUCGUUGAGACUGCUCCGGAGCCCGCUGUGGAGGAACCCGUUCCCGCUUCUGAGGAAUCUGCCCCUACUGUUGAUGAGCCCGCUCCUGUUGAGCCUGCGGAAUCGGUCGAGCCUGUGCCCGCUCCCGUUGCGGUGGAGCCCCAAACUGUUACUCAGACUGAGGAGCCUUCCCAGGUAGAGGAUACCCCAGUCUCCAAGGAAGAGGCACCCAUCGCCGAGGAGACUGUGAAGGAACUCGAGCCUGAGAACAAGCAGGACGAGACUUCUGAGCAGCCUGCCGCACCUGAGGAGGUCCUUUCUGCUCUUGUUCAGACUGAGGAACCUGUGGCCGAGGACCCUGCUCCUCAAGAAGAGAAGCACGAGGAAGCUGCUAAGGACAGCAUUUUGACACCCGAAAUUCUCGGCGCUGGAGCGGCUGCUGCCGCCAUCGGUGUCGCUGCAGUCGGCGUGUCGUCUGUUCUGCACAAGGAACCCGAGGCUAAGCAUACAGACUCGGCUGUCACCGCCACCCACGAAGCUCCUUCCGACGACAAGGCCGAUAACAAGGCCCCUGCCGCGGAACAACCGACCGAAGACUCCCUCGCAGGCGAUCGUGAAGCCCUGCUCCACAAACUCAACCAGCCCUCCACGGAUCAGCUGACCACUGCCGCUGCUGAGCAUACCGCCACAAAGAACGACAAGCAGACUCGUGUCGAAAACGAACCCGAAUCCACCGCUGAGUCUAGCCCGAAGGCUGUUAACCAACUCAGCCCCGAGACUGCUGCGACUAGCAAUGCCAACGAGGAAGAUGCUCGUCCCGUGAGCCAGAACCGGUCAGUGACAGCUGUUUCUCUGAAUAGUGCGUCGGACAACUGGCUCAAGGCUUUCUUCCGCACUGUCCUUGGCGGCUUCUUUGGCACUAUCUUCUCCCCCUUCCGCCGCCGUGGCAAGUCUGCCAAAUAAGGUUGUGCUGGAACUGACGAGAGCCUUUAUCAACCCAUAUAUUUGCUCUUGUCUAUGAAUUCUGCACUUGGGGGAGAGGCAUUCCGGGGUUUUCCUUGGCGUGAUCUCUCUUCAACAUAAUGCAGUCUACUAACAUUGCUUUGAUCAGGUCCCUGUUCUGGACUACCAUUGCUGCGGUGCCUAUUCUUGCAAUCCUCUUGUCCAGUGGCUUCUUCUAAAGCUGGUGCUCGCUAGCAUCGACCUACAAAGCCCAUUCAUCGUGUUUGACUUUGACGAAAGUUGUCAGAAUGUUUCGAUUUCAUCUCCACUAUUGAUUCCCCUGUAUUGAUUACGAUUUUCCUUGUUGUCUAUCUCGGAUUUUUUUGUGCUUGUGGUUUCCUCCUCGGCGGAGACUACUGUUUUGUCCGCGUUGUUUUUUUAUGAUGAAUUUCCUUUGUCUCUCACGUUGGCGGACAAUGUCAUUACUCGAGAAAGAUUCAGUCUUCGAGAUAGGGCUCGUCGCCAGUGUGUAUCUAACGAGGCUUUUAUUAUGAACCUAAUGAAUGGAUAUGAUCAAUUUUAACCUUG